UACUUACGCAUUGACCAUAAUACGCUCGCAUUCCCUUCGAGCGGCGGGCAGCACCCAAGCCUUUUAGCCAAGCUGUGCCGGAGGGUAUUCUGGUAAAUUCAAUAACCACCAAUUCUAUUACAUCGGCAUGUGAUACGUAUUGAAGAUAGAUACAGCCUUACGCUUUCAUGAUAAGGUGACCAGCUCCGUGACAUCUCUCGCCGGGAACUCAGACCCACCUCGCCGGAAAGCGACUUCCUUGGUUUUACCGACGACCGGGAGGAAGAAAAUGACGGUUUCCCUUGCAGACAAAUGAAAUUCAACAUGGGCGAAGAGAAAAGCCAAGGAGAGUCAAACCACGACCAGAACGCGCUGCCGGAAUCAUCAGCCUGGAAACCCAGUAUCCGGCUCGCCAUCGAACUGAUAACUUUUCUCAUUUCUCAGUCGCAUUCUAUUAGGGUUUUAUCGGUGAAAUGGCAGUCGAUACGAACCCGGCUUGAAGACCUCCUCUCCGGCCUCGCCGCGGUUCAAAACUCCAACUCCGGCGAAAACCCGCCACUCGCGGCCGCCGUUUCGGCGAUGAUAGACACAAUCAAAGACUGCCACGGCCUUGCCCAGCGAUGCAUCGACCGCUCUUUCUGUGGGAAGCUUCGAAUGCAAAGUGAUUUGGAUAUAAUCUGUUCAAAAUUGGAUUCUCACGCCAAGAAUCUCGCCGAAAUCUACACCGCCGGAUUGUUGAGAGAAAGCUACGCCAUCGUGGUCUCAAGGCCCGGCCUUUCGGCGUCUCGUGACGACAUGAAGUUUUACGUGAAGGAUCUGUUUUCACGGCUGAAGAUUGGGGGCAAAGAGCUGAAGAAACAAGCUUUCUUUGCUUUGAACGAAGUAUUCUAUGAAGACGAGAAGUACGUCAAGAUUGCUAUGGAGAUCGCUGGCCUCGUCGGAGUCUUGGUGAACUUUCUUGAUUGUCAAGAAAUCGACCUCCAAGAAGAGGCCGCCAAGGCAAUUUCAACCAUUGCAGCAGGUUUUGAUUCGUGCAAGAGCGCGUUAGUCCUCGCCGGCGUGAUCCCACCGUUGAUUGGUGUUCUAGAGGGCGGAAGCGAAACGGGUAGAGAAAACUCCACCAGGUGUUUGAUGAAAUUAACCCAGAAUUCGGACAAUGCUUGGUCGGUUUCGGCUCACGGCGGCGUCACGGCCUUGAUGAAAAUCUGCUCAAACUGCGAAUCCAGCACCGAGGUGGUUGGUUUGGCAUGUGGAGUGUUGAGGAACCUCGUUGGGGUCGAAGAAAUCAAGAAGUUCAUGAUCGAAGAAGGCGCCAUUGCGGCUUUCAUUAAGCUUUUAAGGUCUAAAGACGAAGUCCUAUUUAUAAACUCUGCUGAAAUUCUUCAAACCAUCGCGAUCGGCGAUGGCACGAUUGGACAAACGAUUUAUACAGAAGGCGGGAUCGCCCUUCUCGUUCAAGUCCUCGAUCCCAAAUCCUCAUUUUCGUUGAAAUCUCGAGAAAUGGCCUUAAAAUCCAUCGUCAAUCUGAGUUUUUCGUCCAUUAAUAUCUUGAGGAGCUAUGGAUUUUUGGAUCACAUUCUGUUCUUCCUUCGCCACGGUGAGGCUUCGGCUCAAGAACUGGCCCUAAAGGCGGCGUCUUGGCUCUGUGGAACAUCCGAAGAAGCCAAGAAAGACAUGGCCGAGGCAGGCUUCAUGCGGGAGCUGGUUAAAUUUCUUGACGCCAAGUCGCUCGAAGCUCAGGAAAUGGCAGCGGAGACGCUGUACGGCAUGGUUUCGGUGCCCAAAAACCGGAAACUGUUUAUGCAGGAUGAAGAAAACGUGAGUUUGAUUCUGCAAAUGCUCGGCGAAGAAGAGGGAAAUUCGGGGAGAAGAAGGUUGUUGUUAUCGAUAUUGGUGUCGCUGACGAGCUGCCACAGCGCGAGGAAGAAGAUGGCGCAUUCUGGGUAUCUGAAGAACGUUGCGAAGCUUGCAGAAGCUGAGGUUUCGGAUGCGAAGAAGAUUGUCAGGAAGGUGUCUUCGAAUAGAUUCAGCCGAAUGUUGAGCGGAUUCUGGCAUUUUUGAAUCGAAUUCUGCUUCUUAUUCUUCUUCUGUUUCGAUUUUGUUCUUUGUACAUCUACCCAACAUGGAUCUGUGACUUUCCUUGAACUUGAGUUCUUACUUGUUGUAACAGAGUUUAGUGGUAGAAAUAAAUAAGAAAUGAAUGAUUUUGGUGUCUUGUCUAUCCAAUUA